UAUAUUCAACUGCUCGUUCGCCCAAGCAAGCACUGCAAGUUUGAAUGGAUGUUCGCACACUCGCGAACCCCAAUAACAGCGUCGAGCACCCAAGCUUCAAUGCUCUAUAAUGCAUGCAGCAUGAUAGUAAUGACUGAAAUAAGAAAUUUGGCAGCGUUGCAGCCAAACCUGGUCAGACUCUCGGUGUGACGCCCACCAGCACUACUGGUUGUACGUCGGGAGUGUGCAACGCGGUGCAGCUUAUAAUGCCCCCCGCUCACUCAUGGAACUCAUACUCCAGCCGCAUAUACUUGAGGCGGGUAGAAGCAUACAAACACCGACUCCAAACACCGACUCCGCGGCAAGAGCCCAUCGCUACGUACCCGCAACUUACAAGCUCGGGACCCAGCUGCGCCGACUGCCAAUAGCCAUUCGCAUUGUAGUCGAAUAGCGUUCAGCAUGAAUACAAAAGGCUCCUGGGCUCGAGCCCAGGGCCUAUGCGCGAUGCUGUUGCUUUGUGGGCUUGCCGUCUCGUCAGCCGCGCGUGUGUCUCUCUACAUGAGUGAGGCCAACAACGUCCUCGACCUUUCAUGGGACAAUGGCCCCAGCAACCUGGAGUCGCAGCUCCGCUCCUUCGGUUUCGACUUGUCCGUUGCCGUGGACCGCCAGCCCCGCCUGACCGGUACCGACGCCUAUGUGAUCCCCGCCCAGCACGGCAGCGCAUUCUACUCGUCUGCUGAGGACAUGUCGGCCGUCUCUAAGUUUGUAGAGAACGGCGGCUUGGUUGUGUUGCUCGGCGGCAAGGCCGAUGCCGACCGCGAUUUCGUCGCCAAGGCGCUGGGCUACCAGGGCUCUUGGUCCGUGUGCAAGCACGCCGGCUGCAACUCCAAGUCGUCCCAGGGCGUGCCGCUGCUGGCGGAGCAGGCUUCCAGCUUCUUCUCGUCCAAGGCCCAGGACGCCUGGCCCGCCUCGCUGGAGGAUGCCAAGACCAUCAGCUUCAACACCUGGUGCCGCCACGAGGACGUUGAGGCCUUCACCAUCCCUCUGUACACCGCUGCUGGUGACGAGAUGAAGGUCGCCGCUCAGGCUUUCGGCAAGGCUGGCGUGUCCGGCGCUGUGGUCGUGCUGGGCUACAGCUGGAAGGAGGGCGCCAAGGCCCGCUGGGGCGAGCUGCUGGAGAAGCUGGUGUCUGACUUCGCCGCCGGUGCCUACGUGGUCCCCGCUCAGGGCAACGCUGACGAGCACCCCGAGGCCGUUGACUCCGUUCUGGAGUCCGCCGCUGACGUGGCCGAUGAGGCUGCCGAGGUGGUGCGCCGCUUCCUGCAGAGCGCCGCCGGCACCUACCCCUCCCCCGCCCCCACUCCUUCCCCCUCGUCCUCCCCUUCCCCUUCCUCUUCCCCCGCUCCUUCUCCCUCGCCCAGCCCCUCGCCGACGGUCAUCCCUUCGCCCAGCCCGCCCUCGCCCCUUCCCCCUAGCCCUCCCCCCCUGCCCCCUGGCAUUGCCAAGGUGGUCGAGGACUUCGUGGUCACUUAUCAGAACCAGACCAUCGGCGACCAGGACCCCGCGGACCUGCAGAAGAACCAGACCGCCAUCAACAGUCUGGUCGAUGACAUCCAGAACACCUACGCGAAGGCCCUGGGCGUCAACGCGACGGCCAUUGUUGUGCGUGGCUUCCUGUUUGUGUACCGCAACGGCACCGUGAUCACCAUCAUGGUCGACACCACCCCCGCCAAGAGGCGCCGCAUGGCUCUGGAGAACGUUGCCAAGGUGUACGAUCGCUCCGAGGUGGCUGACAUGUUCGGCUCUGGCAGCGGUGUGACCGGCCUGAUCCACGAGGGCAGCUAUGCCGCCAACGAGGACGAGAUCAUGGAGAUGCUGGACGCCGAGGCUGCUCUGCCCGCGCUGCUGUACCGCAAGCUGAACGAGAUGAGCCGUCGCGACCUGCAGCAGGAUGACUACUACAUCCAGGUCCUGGUGUCCAUCGUGCAGUUCAUUGAGGUGGCCCUGCCGCCGUCGCCUCCUCCUCAGCCCCCGGUUCCCACUGGCACGGUGCUGCCCCCCUCUCCUCCCCCUACCCCUCCGUCGCCUCCUCCCCGCCCUCCUCGCCCGCCGCCGGUCAACCUGAACGCCAUCGCCGACGCCAUUGGUGCCAACCAGGUCGAGCGUGGCUUCCCUCCCCCAUCUCCUCCUCCCCCGCGCCCCCCCAGCCCGCCCUCGCCCGGCCCCACUGUCAAGUUCCUGAACCUGACCGCGUACGGCACCGUUGGCCCCAACAAGCCCGUUGUCUGGUACAACGACCCCAACUUCUCCUCGCUGGUCUCCAACCUGUCGCCCCUUAACCUGAUCAACCCCUUCAAGCCCAGCUGCCCGCUCAAGUGCGAGGGCUGCCCCUACACCUGGCGCGCCAGCGAUGACAUGACCGUGGUGCCCCUGUUCUUCAGGGACCCCGUCCAGAUUAGCCGCAUCUUCAUCAAGCAGGUCCGCAACUCCGGCGUGGUCAAGGUCCAGUUCAUCAAGUGGACUGGCUCUCCCUCGAACGGCAACUACGCCCCCGACCUCGGCCGCGUGAUCUAUAACGUGACCAAGGACACCACCAAGUGCCAGUCUGUGUUGGCCAUCCGCGUCGGCCCCAAGAAGAGCGGCGUCAACAUGGCCGUGCCCACCGGCGGCAGCCAGUCCAACAUCCAGGGCAAGCUCAAGGACAAGGUCAUUGGCGGCGUUGUCAUCACCAUGCAGCGCCCGGCCGGCUCCGGACCCAACUACGGCCCCUUUGUGGAGUACGUGCGUUUCCAGGGCCGCGCCGUCUACCCCCUGGACAGCAGCAUCUACACCCAGUUCGGCCGCAAGAAGCUCUAAGGAGCCGACUCGCACGGCUUGUGGGCGCAAGCCCCCAGCUUACGAACCUGUAGAGUAGCAGCUCGAGGGAUGUGUGCUUAAUACGCCGAAGAUGGCGCAUUUGUUGAGAGUAGGUCAGUGUGUGGCGCGGUCCAGCGAAGUGGACCUGGCGAAGCAGUGUAAUUUUGUCCGUAGCGCUGUGCGGAAACGCACGGCCCAUCAGGGAGCAUAGGAUAUAUAGGAGCCGAGCACAAGACGGCAAGUGUGACACUGUCGGUGAUGGUCGCACGCAUUGUAUAGGUAGAUGGUUGGGGAGCCAGUCCUAGCUAAUGUAGCAUUUGACCACGUGCAUGCAUAAAUCUGCUGACCACAUUUCUAGACUGGCUGGUGCUUUGAUGUGUUUUGAACGUGGCGGUUACGGAAGCCUACAUGCGAUUGUGAACCCAACCACACGCUUGCAAAGGAUUCAUGAAAUGUUGCUUGAAUGGUUUGUUGUGCCAGUAGCAACGAUGGAAAGACGCUUGAGCUUUGGUGCUGUGCAGGUAGGGGCGAAGUAGACCUCUACUCAACCUGUGGUGGUAGCUGCGCCAGUGUGACCUUAGUGCAUCUCCUCCACCACCUGCAAGCACUCUCCAUGAUAAACGACCUGCACCUUGCACGCAUGGCGAGUGCAUGGGUGCAAUCAGUGCAGAUCACGCACCCCACACCAUUCAUCGGUUUGAAUCGGAUUCGGCAUGCAAGGUCUGGUUUUAUGCGCCGGCCAAUGCCAACUUUGUAAGGCAGGAUGCGA